UGGCAGGUUUUAGGAAGGUUUUUUAUUCCACCCCGAAACAUGUUGUUUUUAAGACCAAAGUAAAAUAGUGAUGGAUAGAUGUUUGGUUUUUAGCACUCGUCUGUCAUCGAGAAUUAUCUUAAUUUGGCUGGUGUCUAAUGAAGCAUUUGAAGGAUCCACUCAAGGGCGUGGUAAACGACAUCACUGCGGUGCUGCGGCAGUAGCACAGCUCCACUACUGGACCCCCACCAUCUCUACAUCCCCACAGCACAGCUCCACUACAGAACCCCCACCAUCUCUACAUCCCCACAGCACAGCUCCACUACUGGACCCCCACCAUCUCUACGUCCCCACAGCACAGCUCCACUACUGGACCCCCACCAUCUCUACGUCCCCACAGCACAGCUCCACUACUGGACCCCCACCACCUCUACAUCCCCACAGCACAGCUCCACUACUGGACCCCCACCAUCUCUACGUCCCCACUGCACAGCUCCACUACUGGACCCCCACCAUCUCUACGUCCCCACAGCACAGCUCCACUACUGGACCCCCACCAUCUCUACGUCCCCACUGCACAGCUCCACUACUGGACCCCCACCACCUCUACAUCCCCACCGCACAGCUCCACUACUGGCCCCCUACCACCUCUACAUCCCCACAGCACAGCUCCACUACUGGACCCCUACCAUCCCUAUGUCCCCACAGCACAGCUCUGCUACUGGACCCCCACCCUCAGGGAGCGCCCACGGAGGACAAGGCUUUUACUUGGUUAGAGAUGUUGUGGUCCCUGGGUCCUGCCCGCACGUCGAGGAGAGCGUCAGGCCCGUUUGAUGUGUGA